AUGGAGUCGUACAGAAGUAGCAGAUCUGUUUCCCGCAUCCCUUCCUCUCCUCCCGCUUCCGAGGAGGACGAGCUCUUUCACCAAGUCUUUGACUGGAACUCCUACUACCAGGACACCCAAGACUUUGGUGCCUUUCCCUCGUCGGUCCCCUCCGUCGCUCAGUCCAACUGGCAGCUGCCCGAAGACUACUACCAAGUGUCCAAGGAGUUUGCCGGUGCCGAGUCGUACCCAAUUGAUGCCUUCUCCCUCGAGUCCCUGCAGAGCGACUUUUACAGGAUGAAUGCCUCGUUUCGCGCUGAAGAGGACGACGAGGCUCCGUCCCCGCCUUCCGACUACAACACUAGCCACUCCCCACCCGAGCUAGAUCCCGCCGGGAGCACCUCACCCUCGGAGCACUCUGGCUCGUCGUCGUCGGUCCUCGACGCGGCGCAUGAUGCUCACUAUGCCAGGAUCGCGUUGAGCGAGGCCAAGUCCCACGACGAUGAGUGGACCUACCCCCAGGGUGAGCCGUCUCCCAAGCAGCUGCCUGUCGGGUACCCAAGCCACGUCCGGUUGCAUGAUGCAAGGUCGCCAGAGGCUGCCGCUGCUGCGGCGAGUCUCAAGCGUCGCCGUUCCAGUAAUGAGGUCGAGAAGAGGCACCGUCAGCUCCAGGAUCCCAUGCAGACCGCAGACGUGCGCAAGACGGGUGCAUGUGUACCCUGCCGUGUCUCCAAGAUUCGUUGCCAUGAAAAUGGUGUGUGUCCCACGUGCCGGAAGGCGUUCCCCGACCACUCCCACCUUGUAUGCAGCCGUGUCACUCCCGGUAUGACAUGGCCCGUGAUUGGAAGGAUCCCAGACAUCUGGUCCGAAGAUGCUGCCGAGGAAGAGAUGAUGUGCAGCGGCCCGCGCUUUCACACUGGCAAUCCCAAAAAAAUCCUCCUCUACCUCACCAAGGAUUCUUCCUCCCCGCCGCUCAAAGUCACCGUGCAGGCAUACCGCCCGCAUGGGGACGCCAAUGAGACUGGCGGCCUCCGUCUGGCCGACUUUCCCCGCGAUGAAGUCCCAAGCCACGGACAGCUGCAGAGGUGGGUCGAGGAAGAGAUCAAGCGUGAGCACACAACCAAAUUCAGGUUCGCGCUCCAGAGCUUCAUGCUCGCCUACCACCAGGAUGGUGAAGGCCUCCCAAGACAUCGCCUCGUGAGCAAUGUGCACAAGCUCAACUGCUUCUUCCGCAUCUGGAAGACCGACGCAUUUUGGUGCCGUGACCCGACCAACAAGUUUGUCAGCCUCCCCCUCUCCGUGCAAGCGCGCUUGAGAAACAUUGCCCGACAGGGUGCGCGUUUUAUCGAGCACGACAUCCUCAGGGAGCUGGACGAGAUUCUCGCCCAGCAGGGUUCCACCAAACCUGACGAGCGCCUCGCCAUCUGGGCCAGCUUGUGGCAGCUCAUCCUCAUCUACCGCGAGACGCUGGCUGCCUUCAAGAAGCACAUGGGCAGUGUCGCCAAGGAGUCUGAUGAGUUUGACCCCAUUGCUGCUGAGCACGCCAGAACGUACCGCUGGAUGGCAGACAUGGUCUUCCCUCUGAUGACCACCUUUUACCAUUACCAGUUCCGCACCAAGAAAAGCCUCGAAGUUUCUCUUGACUGGCUUUCCUCUUCCAAGUACCCCAGCAAGGCGUGCAAGAGCAAAGUUCUUCAGAUGACUGCCAAGCACCUGUUUGAGUCUCGCAAGGACUUUUACACACGCGUCCAGGGAUCUUCGCACGAGAUUGACAAGCUGCUGGCUGUUCUGGUUGUCAACCACGAGCUGAAGAAGCUCAAUGCUCGUCGCCGAAACCCCAAGUCGAGCAAGUCCAAGGGCUCACGACAUGACGAUGAAUGUGACGAUGAUGACGAGUAG